AUGGCAUCCACUACUCCGUCGUUGGAAGAAGUACGCAAUAUCGUCUCCGAGACCAAGGAAUGGUCCAAUGCGCCAAACCUCAUCCCACUAUGCGCCUCAAUCGCCGCCGAGUUUCUGACACCGUCUGCAAUCUACCUCAAGGUUUCAGCCAGCUCCCCAUCCAAGCAUUCAUUCCUCUUCGAGUCCGCCGCGACCUCUGAGACCAUUGGCCGCUACAGCUUCAUUGGCGCCAAUCCUCGCAAGACACUCGUCUCCGGACCCAAACAUGGCCUUGAGGCAGAUCCGCUUCCACAGCUCGAUGACGAACUCGCCCAAUACCGUAUCGCCCACAUUCCGUCCCUUCGACUUCCGCCGUUGACCGCAGGAGCUAUUGGCUAUGUGGGAUAUGACUGCGUCAAAUAUUUCGAGCCCAAGACCAAGCGGCCCAUGAAAGACAUAUUGGAAGUGCCAGAGAGUCUGUUCAUGCUGUACGACACAAUCGUCGCAGUAGAUCACUUCUUCCAGAAGAUUGUCGUCAUCACAUAUCUCCAUGUUCCCACCGCAGACGCACCGAAAGGCGCAUUGGAGGCGGUGUACGAAAAGGGCAAAGAGACAAUCUCAAGUCUGGUGAAGAUCUUGAAGAGCAAAGACCUUCCUCUCCCACCACAGGGCGAAAUUGUUCUGAACCAAGAAUAUUCAAGCAAUAUUGGCCGUGCGGGAUAUGAGGGACAUGUCACAGAGCUGRAGAAGCACAUUGUCGCAGGAGACAUCAUUCAGGCUGUUCCGUCUCAGCGCAUUGCCAGACCCACAAGUCUGCACCCCUUCAACAUCUACCGUCAUCUCCGCACCGUCAAUCCUUCGCCUUAUAUGUUCUACCUGGACUGCGACGAUUUUCAGAUAGUCGGUGCAAGUCCAGAGGUUUUGGUCAAGGAAGAGGCUGGCCGAAUCAUCACGCAUCCUAUCGCCGGCACCAUCAAACGUGGAAUCACCCCUGAUGCAGAUGCAGAGCUGGCUGCCACUCUGCACGCCAGUCUGAAGGAUCGUGCCGAACAUGUCAUGUUGGUUGAUCUGGCGAGGAACGAUGUCAACCGAGUUUGCGACCCAAUGUCCACGAGAGUGGAUAAAUUGAUGGUUGUGCAGAAAUUCAGUCAUGUACAGCAUCUCGUCUCGGAGGUGAGUGGUGUGCUGAGGGAGGGCAAGACGAGGUUCGACGCCUUCCGCAGCAUUUUUCCUGCGGGAACAGUUUCUGGCGCGCCCAAAGUAAAGGCCAUGGAGCUCAUCUCGGAACUUGAAGGCGAGAAACGUGGCGUGUAUGCUGGAGCAGUGGGUUACUUUGGCUAUGGAAGCAUUGAUGUGACUGCUCCUGCCGUGGAUGGACGUGGAGAGGAGAGGGAAGGCGCGAUGGAUACCUGUAUCGCUUUACGCACGAUGAUGGUCAAGAAUGGCGUUGCCUACCUUCAAGCUGGAGGUGGCAUUGUCUUCGACUCCGACGAGGGCGAGGAGUAUGAGGAGACCAUGAACAAGCUGGCCGCGAACAUGCGCUGCAUCGAACAAGCCGAGGUGCUUCACUUCGAGGAGCAGCAAGGUGACCUUUCGGUUACGAAAGUCAGCGAGGACAGUAGUAAAGUCGGCGGAGCACCUGAAGCCGGCAAGGUCAGUUUGGCGGGAUGA